AUAAUAUCACCAUUAUUAUCAAUAAAUUAUUUAUUUAACUAAUUUAAAGUUUUAUUUCUGGAAAAAACACUCAAAAAACAAAAAAAUAUGGAAGUAUUUUCAAGUGAUAAGAAACGUAGACAUGAUUAUUUUUUAAAAAUUGUACAAAAACGUUCAGCAGAAGCUAAAAAUAUUCAUCGAAUUGUAUUAAUUGGUACAGGGGAAUCAGGCAAGUCAACAUUUUUAAAACAAAUGAAACUGUUGAGUUCAUUAAAUCAAACCUUUUCUGAUGCAUAUCGUAAUUUAUUUAUACUAGAAAUUCAACGUAAUAUUGUUCAGUCAUUAUCAGCUAUAUUAAAUUUUAUGGAACAAGAACAUAUUAAAUUUCAUCAAAAUGAUGAGCAUAUACGUAAUGCUAAAAAUUUAAUCUUGUCUGUAAAAGAAGAAAUUGAUAAAGUACCCGAUAAUAUUAGUCAAUUUGCUAAUAGCCCCAAUUUAUUAAAACGUAAUGAAUUCUAUGAUGCAUGUUCCCAACUAUGGAAUGAUAAAGCUGUUAAAGAGACAAUUAGUAAAAGUAAUGAAUUCCAUCUGAUUGAUUGUGCACAAUAUUUUCUGGAUAAAAUCGAUGAUAUACGUGAUCCAGCGUAUAAACCAACCGAUGAUGAUGUUUUACAAAGUAGGACAAAAACUCUUGGUAUUCAUACUGAGACAAUUACAUAUAAUAAUGUCAAUUUUGAAUUAAUCGAUGUCGGUGGACAAAGAGAACAACGUGCUAAAUGGAUUGAAGCAAUGUCCGACGGUGUUACAGCUGUCAUCUUUUUAACUGACGUUUCAGCUUAUGAUAUGGUAUUAGCUGAAGACCACAGUGUGAAUCGUUUACGUGAAUCUAUCAAUCUAUUAGGACAAAUAUGGCGGAAAAGUCCAUUACGUGAAAAAUCGAUUAUAUUAUUUUUAAAUAAACAAGAUAAACUGGAGAAAAAAGUUCGUGAACAACGUACACUAUUUGAAAAUUAUUUUCCGGAGUAUAAUAAGGGCAAAGUUAUUUAUCUUAUUGAAUUAUUACGUGAAUUAACAGCGUGUAAAAUCAAUAAAAUGAAAAAAGAAUCUGAUAUAUGGGAUAAAUACUUUGCUUAUCUACUUCCUCCAGCACAAUCAUCACGUAAUAAUAUGAAAGAUACACGUCGUUUCAGUAUCCAAUCGAAUGGUAUGAAAAAGUUAUCCCGUGAAACGAUUAUCCUAACGGAAUACAGUCAAAUACAAAGUAUUUUUGCUAAGGCAUUCAAUGAAAAUUUAGUACAAAAUUGGAUUACUGAUAAUUCUCCUGGUGGUGGUGGACGUAAUACUAUACAAACGAAUACUAGUAAUAAUAAUAAUAAUGAGUAUGUGAAUGGACAAGAUAAACAAGGUCAAAAGGAUUCACAAGAAGCCCACAUUAAACAUCUUAUGUCUAGAGAUGAUUUUAAUGCUUUUCAAAGACGAUUACAUUCGAUUAUAUUUUAUCAAGUUGUCUCAAUUGUUGAAUUUAUUAAGAAAUUAUUUAUUGAUCAAUGUGAACAAACGCAAACCCGACGGAUUUAUCCAUUUCCGACGACAGCUAUUGAUAAGCGUAAUGUUGAUCGUGUAUUUGAGUCAUGUAAAGAUAUACUACAGGGUAAAGCAUUAACUGAUUUAAUUGUUUAA